AUGAUAGCCCAAAUCCUUGAUACCACUCCCACCCCUGAUGUAAAAGAAGCUUUCGGUGGUCCGGCCUGCAUGUCGUCAGAAAGUGCUGCUGAACCAUCCAGUUGUCUACGACAAACACCGACUCCUUUCAACGAAAAGCUGGACAACAUUCUCCCAAAAGCCAUUAAGAAGGAAUGGAAGCAAGUUGUAACAACAGAUCUGUCACAGACUGAAGAAAGCUGUGAAGACCGAUACUCCCAGGCCAAAGCAGCUCCAUCCGCUCAUACAAUCUGCCCUACUGUUUUGGACAAUUGCAAAGGCCCCUUCCCAUCUAACUACGAAGAAUCAACUAAUGAGCAUGCCCAAUCUGAUUGUCUGAAGACCAAGAAGAAGAUCCCAACUAGCAGUGCUGAAGCUCAUUCUCUCAUGGCAGCAACAAGCGACACACGAUCCUUGCUUAAAUUGGCUGCCUCGACCAGCGACCAUAUCUCUAAUCUCCUAUCCACCGACGUAGUUGCUGAGGUGACUGUUGGCCAGGUCACCAAGCCUAGAUCGAUAAGUGACAUUGGUGCGACAACGCCACAUCCAAGUGACUGGCUCCAGGGCAUCAUGGCACUGGACAAGCAGGAAGCGAGCACCGAGGGCUGGCUCGAUUUCUGUCAAGCGGUUGAGACGCCUUGCCGCACUUCGUUGCUCAGUCAAUUGAGUGAUCAUCGACACUUCCCAUCUCGAGAGCAGAAAACGACAGACACUUUAGGUGGAUUCAACGCGGAUAAUGAAAGGAAAAGCAUGUUUAGGGGUCAGGGUGACGAAAUACCGGUAGGUGUCGGCUCGAUGAAAGGACAAGAUGGAGAAAAGAAUGAGCAGACUGAAAAUAAGAUACGGAAGAUCAAACAAUGCGAUGGUAAGAAGGAAGAAGUUGAACUGAUGGAAGAAAAUAAGGAUGACACUGGAGAGUGGGAGGAGGAGGAAGAAGAGGAUGAGGAUGAGGAUGGGGACGAGGAGACGGAGGAGGAGGAGGAAGAGGAAGAGGGUGAAGAUGAUGAUUAUGACGAGGAUGAUGAUGAUGAUGAGGAGGAUGCAAAGGAGGGUCAGGAUCAAGAUGAGGAGUGGGAUGGGGAAGAGGAAAUAGAAGAGAAAGAACAUAAUAGGGGCUUAAAGAAAAACUUGACGGCGAUAAGUCGAGAAGUUAACGAGACUAAGGAAUGUUAUACUAGCUAUGAUUUGCUAAUUUCCACUUCAAGACCAGGGGAACUAACGCGCCCGGGUUUCCUAGAUUUGGGUCAUAGUCCGCCCGCCGAAAUUUCUGCUAGGUCAGAGCCUCAUAGCUCUGCGGCCAGCAUGACUCUUUCUUCCAUGUGGAACGGAGGAUCUCUACUACGCUCUCAACAGUCCCCUCACUCACGCCAUAAACAUCAGCUUGAAACACACCAACAUCAGCAUCAACAUCAGCACCAGCGUCAGCAUCAACCUCUGCACCAACACAAGCAUCAACACACAUCUCAACUUCAGGCCUUCCAGCAGGUUUGUAUGCCAGUCAAGGAAAGUGGGUCUGACCUUAGUACAUCCAUCCAAGAGACCGUCUCGACGACCACCUUGACAAUUUCUGCUGCCCCGACUGCCACUUCUACGAUUGCGGACUCCGUACCUUGUCCGGUCGAAUGGCCUGUUGAGGCUACUCGGUCGAGCCAGGACUUGACAACAUAUCCUUAUUACUACUAUGUAGCUGUGUCAUCUCCAUCAUUACCUCCGACCCUGGUUGGCUCCAGAUUCUCUCAGGUAGACGAUGAAAACAUUACAAUCCCUAGUGUAAUUUCAGUUGCCACCACUAUCCCCGCCCAGAAUCCCAUUCCGACCACUGCUCUUGGAACCUUCAUAAACAACGAUUCCGGCAUUAUUGGGCCUGCCAACAUGACUAUCACCAGUCUGGGAAGCUCCAUGCAAGCGGGUCCUAUUAUUUCUAUAUCAAAUGGUCCCCCUGUUAGCCUGGAUGCCCUGUCCAGAUCUGCCUCAGCAGAGGAAUCGUCCCCCAACUCGUCAGCAAGUUUGGGCAGAAUGGCGACUUCCAUAACAUCAGAUGGCCGGACAUCUCAACGCCUUCAUCAUCUUCACUAUAGGUAA